AUGGUGCUCUUCAAGCGAAAACCCGUCCAAUACCUCCCGCGGCCGGUCAUUGAGGAUGACAGCUCCGAAGUCUGGGUAAUUCCAGAAACCAACGAGGUCUUUACCGACUACGAACCGUAUCUCCAGCGCAUGGACUUUUACAAACAACGCCGGUUUAUUUGUGAGAUUACAGGUCAUUCGGGGUUGACAUUCUUUGAAGCGCUCAGAAGUGAAAUGGAUGAGUCGCGCGAGGUCAAUAGUGCUUUCCCGGAAGCGCUGAAGGAACCGAUUUUACGCCGGAUACAGUUUUCGACGGUGUCUAGGGUGGAUAAUCUGGUGGACGAGAUAUAUGAGGAAUUCAAACAGGACUUUUAUCCCGGUGAACCCGUCUUAAUCCUGCUUACGGACAACACACGACUCCACGGCAUUAUCAGAGACAAGGCCAACUUUGCGGAACAGCUGAACCCUGAUGGAACCGUGAAAACUCCCGCCUAUGCCCGGUAUCUGGUCAAGGUUUCCGACAGCGCCAAUGAAGAGGCUCUGCUGGACCAAGAGCACAUUACUCGUGAUCGGAAGACGUUUACCAAGCAGAUGCUACGCGCUUUUAUCAAGAACAACGUCACGAGGGAGUCUUGGAGCGGCGCCCCCUGGUUGGUCAAACAAUCCAUUGCGGACGACUACAGAAUCCCAACGGAGGUGCCGAAGCAUCUGCAAUAUGGCGCAAAGGUCGCCGAAAAGAAGGCCAUGAAAAAAGCAGACCAAGACGGAUUCUUCGGCUUCUUUGCUUCGCAGCAAUUACCGGAACUGAAACCCGCAGUCAAAGGACCAAAGGCCAAACCCUCCCCACAGGAGCUGGCUCGAUCGCGGGAGGCGCAAUUUCUCGAGUAUCAACGCUCGUUGAACGGAAACCCGACCUUUGUCGUCAAUAACAAUGGUAGCAAUGGUGUUACCUCUAUUGUCGACACACCUGUUGUUAACACCAACGCUCCAACCACACCUACUCCCGCGGCUUCCACGCCCACUCGGCCUCCAAAGUCCCAAGAGUCCGACAAAAAAGCUCAAAGUGCCGCACCUGUUGUUGUCAAGAAUGAAACCCCUAAGCAACCUUCUCCGCCGCCGAUCAAGUAUCCAAUUGAAGAUCUGGACAUUGCGCCUGCCCGCGAAAACCAGAAACAGCGUCCGGCCCUCAGUUUUCUGGCCGCUAACGAGAGCGAUGAUGCAGAUGACGAAGACAUCUUGCAUGAUGGUAUCCGGUCAGAUUCAGUGGGCUUGUUACUAGAGACGUGGAAUACUCUCAACGUGUAUUGCGAAGUGUUUCAGUUGGACUCGUUCACAUUUGAUGAUUUCCUCCAGGCCAUGCGAUUUUCAUCAGACGAUGUUGACUGCCAGCUUUUCGUGGAGAUGCAUUGCGCUGUCCUCAAGAAAUUGGUCAAUUCCGAGAAGGAUCAGAACGGCGCAGUCCAGAUCUCCCUCCCGGAUCUGCCUGUCGAGGAGUCCGAGGAAUCUGACGAGGAGGAAAAUGAAGAGGAAGAGAGUCCUGAGCCGGAACCGGUCGUGACACGCAUGACUACACGAAGCAGCUUGGCCAAGGCGGAGGCGGAUAAUCUGAAGUCGCAAGCAGACGAUAGUCGUUCCAGCUCAGAGGAAGCCCAGAUCCACCGUGCGGCCGACAUGUUGAAAGAAUACGGUUGGAUUGAUCGCCUGCGCAAGCGGGAUUUCCGUAACGGUGGAUGGGAAAUGGUGAUGAUUGGUCUUCUGCACCAGUUGUCAUCCCGUCCUCGGGUCGAAAAAGUUUGCAACGAUAUCCUCAAGCACCUGGCCCCGCUUGAUGCAGAGCCAACACAGGAAACUGCGCAACGCCAAUAUGCAACCCUUGAUAUCAAUCUUCGCGUGCAGGCUCUUGAGAUCAUCUGCAUGCUCAGUCUGGAGACCAAAGCUAUUCGGAACUAUCUCGAGGAGUGUAGUAAUCAAAUGACAGAGUUUCGUAAGGAGAAAAUUGAAUAUCAACGGGCCCGGAAAGCUGCACUGGAAGAGCUCCGUCGGUUGCAUCAGGAGCGAAAGACUCUCCAACCAGAACCUGAGAAAUCACCGUCGCCUGUGCCGGAAUUGGAAGAAGGCCAAGAAGACUCGAAAAUGACUGGCGUUGAUGGGGACUCAGAGGCCAUGGAUACUGAUGAUGAAGAUGGCAAGAAAGGACCAUCUCUUCGGGGAGGCACCGACAGAGCUAAUGAACGAAAACGCAAGCAGGAUGAGGAGCGCGAGAGGAAGGAACAGUUGGCCAAACAGCCUAAGGGAUCCAAGCAAUACCAAAAGGUGCUCAAGAAGAUCGACGAGCAAAAGGCCACCAUAGAAAAGCUUGAAAAGAAGAUUGAAGUGGUCGACAAUGACCUGAGAGAAGCUGACUGCCCACGCACCCGAUGCCUCGGAAAGGAUCGCUUCUGUAACAGGUAUUGGUGGUUUGAACGAAACGCGAUGCCUUAUGGCGGCAUGCCCGACAGUUCUACGGCCGAAGCUCAAUACGCCAAUGGUCGUCUCUGGGUCCAGGGCCCUGACGAGAUGGAGCGGGUUGGGUUUAUCGACGUGCCCGAGGAUAUCAGGAAGCAGUACCAGAAAGAGUUUCAAAUGACGCCCGCCGAGCGCAAGAAGGCUGAGGAAGGAGAAACCAGCGUCUCGAGUGCCUGCGAAUGGGGUUACUACGAUGACCCGGAAGCGGUUGACAAACUCAUCGACUGGCUGGACUCGCGUGGUAAUCGGGAGCUGAAGCUCCGGAAGGAGCUCGUUUCACAACGUGAUAUCAUCGCCAAGUACAUGCAGCACCGCCACGAGUAUCUGGGGCAAACUGCUGAACGUGCUGAAUCGGAGGAUACGGCCAUCAAACGGGUAUCGACGCGGAAAAAGACGUACGUUGGUGACCGUAAGCACCGCUGCUUAACCUGGCAGAACACGACUGCUCUGUCGGAAAAUGGACAUCUUCAUGCCGAUGUUCCUCGGCCGACCAAGCGAGCCAAGCGAGCUACGGACGACCCCAAAGAGCUCAAGGCGACCAAUCGACAGGGCAAACCUCUGACGCGACAAGGCACACGGUACAACUUUUGA